UGUUCUUGAUCUUGAUUUGGAUGGGCCAAAAUGAUCAGGUCUUAUAGGAUAUUCUGUGUCUUCGUUGCGUAUGCAUGUGGUCGAAGCGACGGGACGUUGGUGAGGACGCAAGUGAUAGAGAGUAUUUGCGAGUGUCGCUCAGGAGAAUGGCGGAGAGGAGAUGCAUUCCUUCAAGGCGCCUACAGCUCGAUCAAGAUCCAGCCAUCAGUGAGGCUCGACGAUCGUCUGCAACCAGACGACAUGCUGGCGGGAUCAGGAAAGGUCACAUCAUUCAACAGAAAUGAUUGGACAACCGCAGUCUCACGUGGACACGAUAUUUACAUCGUGCUUGAAGACGACAGUGCGCUUCAUGACGUCAUUGUCAGGCGAAUACGGUUUAACGCACAAUGGGUACAAAAGGUAGAGCUGCAGGUUUUAAAGGUCGGCCAUUUUGGAAGAACGUGGAAAAGUAUUGCCAAAAAGCCGAUUCCCAAAGACGACCGAGUGACCGAGGUCGACUUCAAAUUUGCUUCUAGACAUUGCAAGAAGAACUGUUAUGGUCUGGAAGGUUGGCUGAUUCGGAUCCUGCUUCAGCCAGUGGACGUGUGGCACGUGGCAGAGAUAGAGGGGUUGGUGUUUGACCUGUGUCAGAGCAAAGCUGCUUAUGAUGCUAUACCGAAACUUGAAUGCCUCCAGACGCCAGACGGAAAGGACUAUGUUGGUGACCUAAAUAAAGGAGUGUCUGGGAGGCCAUGCCUUCUGUGGUCUUCGUCAGACUUCUAUACAGCCCUAAGGUUACGAUUCCCAGACGGUCUCUACGGAGCAGCCAACCGAUGUCGGAACCCCUCCUUCGCGACGUUCGGCCCGUUUUGCCUGAAUAUGCUCAAUGGGAAAGUAGAAAAAGAACCAUGCCACUUGUCACCUUGUACUCUGCCGAAGAUUUCCACAACCGAAACCACCUGCGAGAUGGGUGAAACCUCCUCAUUCUUUUGGGGCAGUACCGAUGGUGUCCAGGUGGCCUCGUCGGUGACUCUCCGCUCGGAAACCGGGGGCCCAAUCAACGAGAUGGAAAUAUUCUCCUGGGCAGCUACGGUCCUGAUGGCGGAUGAAGUCGAGUGGUCGGGGCUGCCUGAUCCUUCCUUUGAUCUAAUCUUUGCAUUUGAGCAAGAGAUGGUGAUCUCUGCAUUCACCAUCUUUACGGCGAAUAUGACAAAAUUGACGCUACAUCACAGCAAGGACGGCCGGCAGUGGACGCCGUCGCAUACACUGGACAUACCGGUAGAGAAGAAAACCACACUAGACCGCUCGUCCUGGCGGUUCACAUCCUCUGCUUGCCUGUUCAAGUGCAGCGGGAUAAAGGCCACCUACAUUCGACUCAUCUUGGUUGGAGUCGGACUACAAGUUGUUCCCAAGUUGGCUGGAGUUGAUAUAAUGGCCUGUAGACCUUUUGAAGAUCUGCAAUCAGUGUGUGAAUUCGGCCCAAGCCGAACCUUGGACUUGGCUUAUGCGCAGCACGUAGACUUGUACUCAAACUUGGCAAUGCUAAACAAUAUCGAAAACAUACUGUACGAAAUGAAUGAAACGCUCUAUGUCAGAGCUGACCCGGUUUCGUUCCGAGCAAUCUUGGAGGAAGCUGAGGAACCUUUUGUAGAACUCUCCCUGCGGUCUUCGCGGAGUUUUACCGUCAAGAGCGUUACCAUCCAGUCGUGGUUUGUUCGGAAAGUCAGGUUGCUGGGCAGCAUGGAUGGGAGGAGAUGGAAUACGAUAAAGCAGAAGAUUGUCAUCCACAACGGCAGAUUGCGAGAAGGUUCACCUUCUCACUCUCGAUUCUGGCCAAAGACCAUCUUUCGCCUUGAGGCAGGGAAGUGUCCGCACUCUUGUAGAGGUGUUAGGCUGAAAUAUCUCCGCUUCGAGUUUGAUGGUGGCGAGUCCGCACAGGCGCCGUGGUUCAGGGGCUUGAAAUUGGACACAUGCUUCGAUCAGGACGUAACGCCACCUACUGUCGAAUGUAAGAGCACAACGAAUGGGUUAUCGUACAGCGGCCGUGAGAACAGGUCCUCGACCGGCCUGUUGUGUCUCCCCUGGAAAGAUUCCCUGUUCUGGCGGCAUUCAGACUUUCCCGACGGCACGGUGACCGAGGCGUCGAACUACUGUAGACAUCCAGACACAUACUACCAACACCCGAGAGGGCCAUGGUGCUAUACGGAGUACGGGGACAAGUACUGUGAUAUACCUAUAUGUUGAGAAGGCAGUACAAGCACAGAAUAUAUUUGAAUAUUCUAAACUUGUGGAAUGAUGAUGUGAUUAUUGAAUAUGUUUCAAAAGUAGUCACUCUCGCAGCUAUUAGUCACCAAUAACAAUGGUUCCGACUGCGGAUCUGUUGUUUUUGAAAACGUGACGUUCAGGCAAAGGUCUUCAGCAAAAGGUGGAUUUAGGGAUCGUCAUGGUCUUAUCGAUCCUGGACUGUGCUGCAUACAAUCUGAGUCACAAAUGCUCCACUUUCGAUCUGCUCGAUGAUUGAAAAGAAGGGAACAUGCAUGGAAAAGGCAGAACCAUGCGAUUCCAUUGGGUGAAACAUUAUAUCAACAUUCUUUCAACGUUUUUUCAGUGUCGAGAGACCUAAAAGAAAAAUCCAUGAAAAUAAUACAAUGUCAUA